AUGGAGCCAGAUGUACAAAUUCCUUCAACUUCCAGUACACCGAUGGAGACUGAUGAUAUCGUGCCACCAACGUCUGCCAUACCUUUCGCUGUGCCACACACACCCCAUAACGCCAAAGCGCAACGACAAAGUAUGUAUAGAAAACGUAAGGCCGCGGAAAGAACUCCUGCAGAGGCAGCAGAUUUUGCAAAAGCAGCCGCCGAAAGACAACGUAGAUGCAAGCAACGUAGACUCGCCAACUCAGCUCUUGACACCGGCACACUAGAGUCAGCCACAGUGUCUGCUCCUGUGGUAGUGGAAAGAACAGUUACUGCCCAGACCAGCGCUCAGCGACAACGUGCUUACAGACAGCGUAGAGCUGCUCAAAUUGUUUCACAAAUAAGUACUCCACCGACUCACACAGCAGUGCAACCGGAACAAUCAACCUGGAAUAUCAAAUGGUCGUCGUCAAUAAAGAAGUUUAAAACUACAUUUCUGGACAACGAAUUUGGCCACGCUUGCUCUGUUUGCGACCGAUUGUGGUUCAAGAAUGACCUUAAAAUCAUCACUGCUGCACAACUACAGGUCAUAUCGGAUUGGUUCGUUAAGGAAAAUAGGCAACUACGCGAGGAGGAUUAUACGCAUAUUUGCAACACCUGUAGAUUUUCGCUGAACAAACAUAAGCUUCCUACCCUUGCAAAAGUGAAUGGCUUCUCAUAUCCAGAAAUACCUCCUGGCUUACCGCCACUGGAUCCAAUUAGUGAACGAUUAAUCUCACCACGUCUGCCAUUCAUGCAAGUGCGUCGUCUGCGGCAUGACUUCUCUUAUGGAAUUAUUGUUCAAGUGAUCAACGUUCCAGUCAACGUAGAAGACAUGGUAAAAUGCUUGCCCCGGCAUUUAGAUGAGGACGACGUCAUUAAUGUCAACAUCAAACGGAAUCUCGCACACAAAACAAAUUACAUCAGUGGCUACAUGUCCAAAAGGACAAUCAAAGAAUGGUUGGAUGUACUUCAAAAUUCAAGUCUAUAUCGCUUGUACGAUAUCAAAGUAGAUUUGUCAAGGCUGCAAACUGUCGUGCCACCAGAGGAAGAUUUGCAGGAUGACUCGGCUCAUCGAAUCGAAACAAUCGCCGCCGAGUGUACUCCGGAGUCAGAAAUUCUUGCUUCCAGGCAGCAUACACUACUGUGGAACGAAGAGGAUUGCCUCGACAUCGCACCAGGACAUCGGGCCAUGCCUCUGAACAUCAUUUACGACCGUCAUGCUGAAGAACUAUCAUUUCCUGCAAUAUACUACGGCCAGCCUCGUCGCUUCCACAUGGGAGUUUCAGUGACACCUUACAUGAUGGCAACCAGUGAAUUACGACGAAGUGACAGACGCGGAGCCACGCCUCAAAAAGUCUUGUACGUUGCUAUGAAGAUUCUACGUCUCCGCAUGGUGGAUGGCAUUUACAGCACAUUUCGGAAUGUGUCAACCACGGAAAACGUAACUCGACGCAUGUUGGAGGACCCGGAAUUUCUUAAAGAAUUUGUCGUUCAAAAUCUUGCCUUCAUGAAGUCAGUACCCAAUUCCGUCCAGUAUUGGGCCUCUCGCAAACGAGAUCUGUUUGCGAUGCUCCGUCAACUAGGUAAACCGACCAUAUUUCUCACUUUAAGUGCAAACGAAGUACGCUGGUUGAUAUUACUGAACUUACUCCUCAAAUUGAGUAACAAGUAUCCUGGAAAAGUUGCUGAAGAUCUAAACACGUCAGAGCGGUGCAACUUAGUGAGCGACGAUCCAGUUACGUGCUGCAUAUAUUUCCACAAACUCGUCGGUACAUUGAUGAAUAUGCUGAAGGCAAAACAAUCAUAUAAUCCAUUUGGCCAGUACUUUGUUAAAGAUUAUUUCUUUCGCAUUGAGUUCCAGCAUCGAGGAAGCCCCCACGCACACAUUUUGGUGUGGUUGAAUAAUGAUCCACACGAGGCCGUGUCAGAAAAUAUGCCAAUGACCAUCGAGCUCGUGGAAAAGCUGAGUUCUGUCGCCAAAGAAGAUAUGCCCAACGAGACCAUCUACGCCAAUCAAAUUCACAAGCACACUUUCACCUGCACGAAGCGAGGUGAGACGACUUGCAGAUUUGGGAUCCCGUACUGGCCAAUGCCUGCUACUCGAGUCUUGGUUCCAAUGCCUCAGACUGAUGGACGCCGGUCAACAUUCCAAAAAAAAUCCAAGGAGCUACGAACGUGUCUCAGCGAACGUACAUACCCUAGCAUGAAUGACUUUUUGAGGGAACAUGGUCUGACAUUUGAUGCAUAUCUUGAUAUAGUACGUUCAACCCUUCGCAGGCCAACUUUGUUGUUUAAACGUAACUUCGAUCAACUUAUGACAAACACGUUCAACCCUUACCUUGCUGGUCAAAUUAAUUCCAACAUCGAUAUUCAGUUUAUCUUAGAUGAAUACAGCUGCGCACAGUACGUCGUGGAAUACGUGAACAAAUCAGCUCGUGGAAUGGGUAACUUGAAUCGAGAGUUGACUAAAAUGAUGGAAGAACAUCCUGACCGCGAUUACACUGGUCAAUUAAAGGCAUUGAGUGUCAAACUUCUCAAUGCAGUUGAAAUGUCGGCGCAAGAAGCAGCAUGGUAUUUGUUACGACAGCCGAUGAGCGAAGCAAGCCGUCAAAUUGUGUACAUACCAACAGUGUGGCCCUCGGAGAGACAACGUUGCCACAAACGUCGGAAACAAUUGGAUCGCGAAGGAAUCGCAGAGGACAGCACAGACGUGUGGACCAAAACAUCAUUCAGCGACGACUUGAACGUGCAUGAAGAUGACGAUCCUGAACCGCCGACUGGAGAAAGAACGACAUCGAGAGGAUAUCGCAAACGUCUGAUCGGUCGAAUCAUACGAUACAGAUGCUACGACAUAGAUGAAACUGUCAAUUAUCAACGUGAGAUGGUACUGCUGUACUUGCCCUUUCGCAACGAAGUCGCUGACAUUGUUGAUUGUAAUAAAUUUAUACAAUUAUUCAAUGACAACAAGGAAACUAUCAUGGAACGCAGAAAACUUUAUGAGAACAAUAUUGACAUCGACAAAGUGAUGCAAGAGCUAGAAGCAAUGAUGAUUUUGCAAAAUUCAGACACCACAGAACCAACGGAAACAGAGUCAAGAAGAGUGUUUGUAGAACAGUUGUUAGGAGGAGAGGGAGCUGAAAAUAACGAUGAUGUUAAUGAAAUCGUGCCGCAAAACGGAUUGUCAGUUGUAAAAAAACGGAGCAACGUGAUGCCAAAACAACAAUAUUGUGAGCUGCUACGAACUACAAAUGCUGAACCACGUGAGGUGGUUCUUGAGGCUAUACAUCGUUUACAUGGCUGCGGAGAUGAGCUCCUACAGGCUCUACAAAUCUUCUUCACCGGACCAGCAGGAUGUGGCAAAACGUAUACAUUGAAGGCCCUCAUGGAAACGAUUGUACGUUACACUCAGAACCACAACUCACUCAACAACGCCUACGUUGCUUGUGCAAGCACAGGUAAAGCAGCUGUACCUCUUGGUGGAACAACAGUUCACUCAGCAUUUCGCCUAACAACUUCUCGAGUUACAAGACUUCUAUCAGCUGAAAACUUGCAAGCCUAUAGAAAUAUGUUCGUUGGCGUGAGAGCAGUUUUCAUUGACGAGAUCAGCAUGUUGAGUGCAGCUAUCCUCGGUAAAAUCAAUUAUCGAUUGCAACAGAUAACCGGCAUAUACGACCAAGUUUUCGGAGGCCUUCACAUCAUCUUAUGCGGCGAUUUCAGACAGCUGCCGCCUGUACGCGCUACUCCGUGUUACACAGUGCCAAUCAACCAACUCGUAGGACCUAUACUGUGGCAAAGCAUCGACUACUUCCCAUUGGUCCGUGUUGUACGACAAACUGACGAGCUGUUUUCGAGAAUUCUGACUAAAAUUGGAGAUGGACUUAAACUAAGUGUCAAUAACAUCAAACUUAUAGAAUCCAGACAUAAGUCAGAGUCCUGGUGCAAAGAGAACGUACCUGACGCUGUUCGGUUGUUUUACAGUAACUUUGAGGUUGAUUCAUACAAUCGAAAAGCAAUUAACAACGCACACAACUGUAUUGCCACUGAUAUCAUGCUCGGAUAUUCCAGUAAUUCUGAGAGGGGCCAACAGCAAGGAAAACUUCACAAGAUGUCGGUUGCAGAGACAGACGGAUUGCCUUACAUGCUGCCCUUAGCAGUGGGAUACCCUUACAUGAUAACGUCUAACAUCAACGUAGGAGAUGGAUUGGUAAACGGCGCUAUUGGAGUCUUGCGACACAUCGAACGUCAGCCAGCCGAUCCAGCCGAAGCAGGACCAUCGACCAGCACGACGUCACCGCCCACAAAAGAUGAAAUUAUCACUCUUUGGUUCGAGUUUCCAGACAAAAGUACGGGUGCCAGUGCAAAACUCAAAAGUCGACCACAUGUACUCAGCAAACCAAACACAUUGUCCGUUGAUUGGGUGCCGGUGUACAAAAAAGUGGUCAACAUCACAUUGACAAAAACAGUGAAAUGCAAACGCAAACAAUUUCCUUGCGUACCUGCUUGUGCCAUUACGAUUCACAAAUCACAAGGUGGGACGUUUGAUGUAAUCGUGUAUAAGUACUCCUCCAAGCAACCACAACAAUUAGUAUAUGUAGCCAUGAGCCGCGUAACGAGUAUCAACGGAUUGUAUAUCAUCACGGAGAAGGACUCUCCUUUGAUUUUCAAACAUGGGCGCGAAGGAAACGACUCACAAACUACACGAGAUAUUCGCACUGAAUAUAUUCGACUCCAAGGACACACUUUGCAAACCACCACUAAAAAGGCAGUCAAAUUCUGUGACGAUGCUACCAGUGCUGGACAAACUAUCGUGACGAACAUCAAUUGUCAAAGUUUGAGUGCUCAUGCCACAGACAUUGAAACAGAUACAGUGAUUCCAAGAUCUGACUAUUUAGUACUGACCGAAACGUGGAUGCGCGACACUUGUGAACCACAUCCAAUCAAGAAUUAUGAGUGCAUAUCAAGGAAGAAUAAUCGAACAAACUCAGACACCAACGCAGCAGGUGGAGUAGCGAUCUAUCGUAGGUUAUCAUCAAUAUCAACAGGAAAAGUGAUCGAUGUUGCGGUCACAGACACUGCUCGAGUUAUCAAAACCUGCGGUGACUUGUGCUUGGCUGAAGUUACUUGCUUUACCGCUGAUACUACCUUCAAAUUUGUGCUCGGUGCUGUUUAUAUUCAUCCAGGAUUAAGUGUACAAGACAUCGGAAUGUUGCUACACCAGGCACUUCUUCCAUACGUGCAUAACAGCCAGUACGUGCCACCGUUCCUGCAAGUUGAUCCUAAUAUGCCGAUUCUUCUAUGCGGUGACUUCAACCAAAACGUGAAGUCUGAUGACAAGUUUCUCAAAUUCAUUAAAGAUACGUUUAAUCUUGAUUGCGUAUCAGAUAUGUCUAAGUCUACUACGUUAAAAGGAACAACCAUUGACUUGACAUUUUCUAGGCACAUUACAGCAGAAACACUUCCUUUCAUUUCAUAUUUCUCCUAUCAUCGCCCUGUCCUCAACAAAAUCACUCAGAUAGGAACAAGUUAA